AUGGCGAAUUCAACAGGUAAACCGACAAGUUCAACACAAGAAGAUGAAGAAGUUACAUACAUAUUAGCACAAUUGAUGCAAGAUGUUAUGGAUCGUGAAGAGGAUAUAGAUGAUGAAGACGAUAUAGAUGAUGAGGUUGCGUCCCUUCCAUUAUUACUAGUAAGCCAAGCUAAUCAAAAGCAGUCUAGGAAGAGGGAAGAAAAAACUGAAAAAAAUCAACCUAAGAGGGUUAAGAAUCAGAACAUCAUGAAAAUAAAUAUCCAUGACUUUUCAGAAGAAACUCUGAGGUUAAUUGAGGAUUGGUACAACGCUGAACUCGAUCCACAGGAUAUAUUCGGCGAUGAUGAGGUGACGAGGCGAUUCAGCCGACCGAUAAAGAAGCAGUUGAUGUCGAGCGACGUCGAUACAGAUCAAAGCAGGCUCAUGUUAUCGAAGGAGCAAGUGAAGGAGAAGAUGCUUCCUUUUCUAGAAGAAUCAGAGGAUCCGGUAAAGGGGGUUGAUGUUUCGGUGUAUGGACCAGACGGGGAAGUUCAACAGAUGAAGUUCAAGAUGUGGAAUGGGGAUAAAACACCUGUCUUAACUUCAGGGUGGAUGCAGUUUGUGGCAGAUUAUGGUCUUUUGAAGACUUCUGAUUUUGUCACUGAUGGUAAGGUAUCACAGCUUGAGCAUGUCUUCAUUCGAGGCAGCAAAGUCAGGUGCUGCAACACUUCUUAGAGAACACUGUAAAACCAAACAAAGGAGAACAAGAGAGAUAUGUCCAGAUGCACUACUAGUUCUGUAUUUUGGGUUACCAAGAUGUUUGAAUCAUUGACAAGUUUUCGUUGUGAUCUAUUUUCUUCUUUGCGCAUUCUCCAUUUCUGACAGUAGAUGAGUAAAACAAAGUACAUUGUUUUCAUAAAGGUCUUAAUAAGACUAAGAUCAGAAAACAAAG